AUGGCAGAUAGAUUUGAUCCUGAUUCCUUACUAGCCUUAGAAAAAGCCUUCCUCAAAUUUCUUGAAGCUCAUGGUGAAGGUCAAAAACAUGUCGCAAGGGGCCGACAGCGUGUUGAUCAUCUAGCAGAAGUAUCUUUAAUAAAUAAUGUUUAUGAUCCAAAAUACAAAGAAUGGACUGGAAAACGUGCUGAUCGUGUUAUCGUUGAUUAUUUAUUGAGGGAAGAAGUUAUCGAGUUAUGUCGUGACAAUAAAAGAGAGGAAGCCCUUAAAUAUUCAAAAGAACAUUUCAAAGCUUAUAUAGAUGUUAAUAAAAAGAAUGGCCAAGAUCCUAAAAAGUCUGACUCUCAGCCUGGUCCUAUUAGGAGACGUGAUAAUGUUAAACCUAUAUCUUCCGAUGAUCCUCUUUACAAGCAAUACCUUCAAAUGAUGGGUGCUCUUGCCUUUCCUCCUAAUACUAAUUGCAAACCUUAUAAGGCUCUAUAUGAUCCUAUUCGUUGGGAACGACUAAUUGCUCGUUUUCGAAUUGACUUUUAUGAGUUAAAUGCCCUCCCUUCUCAGCCUUUAUUGAAUGUCACCUUACAGGCUGGAUUGUCUGCUCUUAAAACUCCAAUGUGUUAUCAACACGAUAAUAAAAAUAUUGAUUGCCCUGUAUGCUCGCCAGAUACUCUUGGCACUCUUGCAAAAGGUUUGCCAAUGAAUCAUCACGUGAAUUCGACUUUAGUAUGUCGGAUUAGUAAAAAGAUUAUGAAUGAAGAUAAUUAUCCUAUGAUUUUACCAAAUGGUUUUGCUUAUUCUCAUGAU